AUGUCAGUACAUAUCAACGAAAAAGGUGGUGUAGAUGCAUUAACCACCGUUGGUUCUACCGAAAAGCCUUUCCAAACGGCUGCGUUUGCCCUAUAUGCACAAGAAGAAUUGGAACACAGUGAACCAAAGCUACUGGUCUUCAAACCAGAGGAUAACGGAUACGAAGAGAUCAGUGCAUCAGCAUUGAAGAAGGCAAAAAAAGGUGCUGAAAGUUUGAAGAAAAAAGCUCUAAAACAGAAGGAAUUAGAAGCUAAGAAGCAACAACAAGAAGCUGAUAAAGCUGCAAAGCAAUUGGAAGCUCUAGAUAUCAAGAUCGAAGAGGACAAGAGUUUACCACAAGCCCAGAGAGUGAAGAUCAACAAAGCCUAUGAAUCUGUCGGCCAACGUGUUAAAGUCAACGGUUGGAUCCACAGAAUCCGUAACAACAAGAAGUUGGUAUUCGUUGUUCUGAGAGAUGGUUACGGUUUCUUGCAAGCAGUUCUUACUGGUAACUUGGCAUUGGCUAAGCAAACCCAGGAAUUGACCUUAGAAUCUUCCGUUGCACUUUACGGUACAGUUAACAAGCUUCCAGAAGGUAAGAGCGCACCAGGUGGUGUGGAACUAUCCGUUGACUAUUACGAGGUUGUUGGGUUAGCUCCAGGUGGUGAAGAUGCAUUUACCAACAAAGUUUCUGAAAACGCUGAUCCUUCCUUACUAUUGGACCAACGUCAUUUGGCUCUAAGAGGUGAAACCUUGUCUUCAAUGAUGAAGGUUCGUGCAAUUUGGAUGAAAUGUCUAAGAAGAUUCUUCGAAAAUGAAGGUUUGACUGAAGUUACACCGCCAUGUAUGGUUCAAACUCAAGUCGAAGGUGGUUCAACACUUUUCAAAUUGAACUAUUACGGUGAAGAAGCAUUCCUAACUCAAAGUUCCCAGUUGUAUUUGGAAACUUGUCUGGCGUCGUUAGGUGAUGUAUACUGUGUGCAAGAGUCAUUCCGUGCUGAAAAAUCUCAUACCAGAAGACACUUGUCUGAAUACACUCACAUUGAAGGUGAAUUAGGAUUCAUCGAUUUUGAUGAUCUACUGAGCCAUUUGGAAAAAUUGUUUGUUGAGACCGUUGGUUACAUUAUGGAAGAUCCUGUCGGUAGUGCCAUAGUUAAGCAAUUGAACCCUGAUUUCAAGGCCCCAACUUAUCCUUUCAAGAGAUUAGAUUAUAAAGAUGCUCUAGAAUGGUUGAACGAGCACGGUGUGCCUAACGAAGAUGGUGAGAAAUUUAAGUUCGGUGAUGAUAUUGCUGAAGCUGCUGAGAGAAAAAUGGUUGACACCAUGGGUGUGCCCAUCUUUUUAAUCAGAUUCCCAGCUGAAAUUAAAUCCUUCUAUAUGCCUCGUUGCAAGGACGAUCCUCGUGUUACGGAAUCUGUUGACGUCUUGAUGCCUAACGUUGGUGAAAUUACUGGUGGUUCCAUGAGAACCUGGAAUGAAGCUGAUCUUCUAGAAGGUUACCAACGUGAAAAGAUUGACCAUACUCCAUACUACUGGUACUUGGAUCAACGUAAAUACGGUAGCGUUCCUCACGGUGGUUACGGUCUAGGUACUGAACGUAUCUUGGCAUGGUUAUGCAACAGAUACACAGUUAGAGACUGCUCUCUAUACCCACGUUUCACUGGUAGAUGCAAGCCAUAG